AUGGCGCUGACGAUAGCAUUGAAGGAAGCCCUUACCAGAAGAGGAGGACCAGUAGCUCAGCCAAAGUAUAUCCACGAGUUACCCUACUUCGAUGACAACAGCAGCGAGUGGUUGGCCUUCAAGGUGGUCUACAAAGAUACCGCCCCGAUGUUCAACGCAGUCCAAAACAUGUCUCGACUAAGAAGAGCACUAAAAAAAUGCCUACAAUUCUCAGGUUCCGAUGGUAUGACUUUACUGCAGCAACGAGAGAGAAAAGAGGGCGAGUUCUCCGACCUGACGAUGGUCUCCAAGUUCCUGAACAGUGAAGCAGACAAAUGUGGAGCCUUUGCGACCUCAGAAGAGAAGAGCGGGUUCAGAAGAACUCAUCGACAAGCGACGCAUUCUACAAGGGAAAAGGACUUCAAAGAAAGAGAUUCAAGACAGUCAACAGAGAAGAAUUGUCCUAUGUGUCAAGGUGGACACUUCCUCGUCGACUGCCAGAAGUUCCAGAAGACGUCAGUGCAAGAUCGAUGGGCAACAGUAAAGAAAAGUUACGUUUGCUUCAAAUGUCUUCAAGAGAAACAUCGAAAGGAGAGCUGCAAGAAACCACCAUGUAAGGAAUGCAAGAUCAUCAUUUGCUGCACGUCGAAUCAGAAGACAGGACCUCAGGAGAGAAGAAGGCGGAAACACAAGAAGAAGUAG